AUGAUUUUCGAAAAUGAGUUCACCAAAAAGUACCAAAUCAUCCCACACAAUAAAAGCAAAGGUCGACAUGGUCUCGAACAACAUUAUGAUGAUUUUAAGGAGUAUAAUGUUGGUGAUCUGAAAGGUAAAACAUCUGCAACAUGUACUAUAUGUAAGGAAACGGUAUGGCAUUUAAAAUCAUCCACAUCAAAUUAUAGCCGUCAUCUUCAACGUAAUCAUCCAGCAGAAUUCCAGCUGUGGUCAACAACAAAUGCAUCUAAGGAAAAAAAAUCGGAGAAUAAAAUGCAGCAAGUCACCUUAGAUACUAUUUUAUCUCCUACAUCUCAUACAAUGAAAUAUGGUUUGGGUCAUCUUCGUCAAAUUGAAUUAACUAAAAUGGUAUUCAAUGAUUUAGUGCUGGGAUUAGAUUUACCAUUAUCGAUUACUGAAAAGCCUGCAUUUGUUCGAGCUAUGACAAUAUAUUCUAUCCUUAUUGUUAUCAUACAUGCGUGA